AUGCAUGUGAUUGUUUUUAGUGUUGCCGCGGCUCAGCUAGCCACAAGCCAGCUUGCUGAACUGGCGGCUUUUGCCGGUUCUGAAUUUGAGAAAAAUGUACAUCAUGAUGGUCUGGUUCAGUCCGGUUUUUUGCCCCGAAAACAGGCAGCCACGGACCACAACCGGUCUAGGACCAACCCAGAUAUUGAGGGAACCGAACCAGACCACCUAAGACCAGUCUUUUGCAGUCUAUGGACCGUGUUCAAACCAAUUCAGACCGGUUUUUUUGCUAAAACAUAUAAAUACCCAUCAUUCCACCAAUUCUUAAGAAAUUUAAUGAAGACUCAGGCAAAAUGUAAUGUGGCAACUAUGCAAAAUGAUGAAAGUUUGAGUGAGCUAGAAUUAAAGUCAUUCUGGUACAAGUUGCACAAACAAGUAUUUGUGCCAAAAUGGAUUUGGUUAUAUCUUUCUCAGUUCUUAACCGUUUUUGAUGAACCAAAAACCCAAUUAAAGCAACUGGACCAACCCCAAAUUUGGGCAACUGCAACCGAAAAAAAGACCAGACCAUGGUCUGGUUCAGUUUGGUCCACCGGUUUUUUUCGGUCCUAUGGACCAGACCUUUAA